UAUGUAGCAACAGCCCCGCUUGUUUGAGAGCGAGCUCCCGAAUCUCAACUCUGACAUCCAGCGAACGUGUCCUCUCCCCGCGGGAGGACUACACACAUGUGUGUCUCCUCUUCGUCUGCUACACCGAGACGGACUCACGCUGUGCGGAGGAUUGCCUCGCCGCCGUCGGUCAGCUGUGUUGUGGAUACGAUCCGGAGUGAAAACUCGACUGGAAUAUAUCUGGAGAGUCCCGACAUUCUGCCUUUGCCUGCAGUAGGACCUGUUGUCCCAGUCGUAGGUUGUGCAUUCGUUCCUCACCAGUGAUCCCCUAUGCUUGAGAGAACCUGGAGCCUGAGUCUGACAGGAUGGAUGGUGUGGACCUAAAGAGACUCGCAAAUCAACAUCAGCCCUCUGUCUCUCGCUACGGUGUUCAAUCCUUGUCUAUCUACGAGAGAACACCUCCAAUUCUACACCUCCAGUCUGUGUACUAUAUGUAUAAAGACUGAUCAGUGAAAAGACAGAAAGAGAUAGAAGUUGGAAGACUUUGUAUCUUGUUUCUUUUUAAAGCAGAGAUACAUAUUGAGUAUACAAGACUAUAUCACGGACAUGGAAAUAUCCUUGUUUUAAUUCUACUGUAGUUGUACCCCCUUACUCUUGGUGUGGGUGGUGGGAUGUCGAAAAAGCCAGAUGACAAAAUGGUGAAGUUCCUGGCCCCCCCCCAGAAGAGCGGAGAAGGUCCCAGUUCUGAUUCGAUGAUGAGUGAUAGCCGCCAACCGACAGAAGUGAGACGGCGGCAUCACACCAUGGAGCGUGACCGAUGUAACCCUGAGCACCGUUUCUUGCGUCGGAGUGUCAUCAGUGAUUCCAAUGCUACAGCACUGGCCCUCCCUUUACCCAGCAAGAUCCCCAUCCCUGCUCCCCAACGGGUUCAUCUACGUGACUCCGUCCCUCAGCGGCAGCAGGCUGCUGCUGCUUAUUUGCCCCGGACUGAAACAACCUUAGCUCAAAAUGAAACGUCUGCCGAUAGUGACAGAGGAGUAGUGGAAGGAAAAGACAUAGAAAUAGCUAAGGUGGAAGUAGUGCCUUUGGAACAGGAGCCUGCCAAUGUACAAGAUGUCUGUGAAGUAGAGGUGGUGGUAGUGUCCCACUCCGUACCAUGCUUGGAAAGAGAUUUGCCAAGUCAAACCGAAACUGAAGGCACCACUGAAGUGAAGUUGCAACCUGGGGAAGAGGAGGAAGAAGGAGAUAAGGACUCUGCUAAGAAACGGGCAGUGGCAGAGCAGAUAAAAGCUGAGAAAAAAGUGCAGGAUGACAUCGAAGAGUCAGAGUCGCUGGCAGUGGGAACAUCACCAGAUGGGCGUUUCCUAAAGUUUGACAUUGAACUUGGUCGGGGGUCCUUCAAGACCGUCUACAAGGCCUUGGACACUGAGACCACAGUGGAGGUGGCUUGGUGUGAGCUUCAGGAUCGUAAGCUGUCGAAGACAGAGCGGCAGCGCUUUAAGGAGGAAGCGGGCAUGUUGAAGGGACUGCAGCAUCCCAACAUUGUCCGUUUUUACGACUCGUGGGAGGGACCCUCCAAAGGCAGGAAGUGUAUUGUUCUGGUCACGGAACUCAUGACAUCUGGCACACUCAAAACAUAUCUGAAGCGUUUCAAAGUGAUGAAAAUUAAAGUGCUGCGGAGCUGGUGUAGACAAAUCCUCAAGGGUCUGCACUUCCUCCAUACUCGGACUCCCCCGAUCAUCCACAGGGACCUUAAGUGUGACAACAUUUUCAUCACAGGCCCAACAGGGUCUGUCAAGAUUGGAGACCUGGGCCUGGCCACACUCAAGCGUUCAUCCUUUGCCAAGAGUGUUAUAGGUACCCCUGAGUUCAUGGCGCCUGAGAUGUAUGAGGAGAAGUACGACGAGUCAGUGGAUGUGUAUGCCUUUGGAAUGUGCAUGCUGGAGAUGGCCACCUCAGAGUACCCUUACUCAGAGUGCCAGAAUGCUGCACAGAUCUACCGCAGAGUUACCAGCGGGGUGAAACCGGCUAGCUUCGACAAGGUGGCCAUUCCCGAAGUGAAGGAGAUCAUCGAGGGAUGUAUUCGCCAGAACAAGGAUGAGAGGUAUUCAAUCAAGGACCUUCUGAACCAUGCGUUCUUCCAGGAGGACACAGGGCUGCGCGUGGAGUUGGCAGAAGAGGAUGAUGGAGAGAUUGAGGCUAUGAAGUUGUGGCUGAGAAUUGAGGAUGUAAAGAAACUCAAGGGAAAGUACAAAGAAAACGAAGCUAUUGAGUUUUCUUUUGACCUCGUCAAAGAUGUCCCAGAAGAUGUGGCUCAGGAAAUGGUUGAGUCUGGGUAUGUGGCUGAAGGUGACCACAAGACCAUUGCGAAGGCCAUAAAGGACAGGGUGUCUCUAAUCAACCGGAAGAGAGCACAGAGGCAGCAGGUCAGAGAAAAUCAAGAGAAGAGACGUCUGGAAGAGGAGCAGCAGAAUCCGGUGCUGCCUGCUCAGCAACCAGUCCAACUACCCAGCACGGAAAUGCCUCCACCCCAGCCGGUGCCUCAGACUGUGUCUUUUAUUCCUCCACAACCAAACCAACACAAUCCACAAAUGUGUGCUCAACCUGCAUCUCAGAACCUUCCUAUUUCGAACUACAACAUUACUCAAUCAAACCAAAUGACUGGCAUGGCUCAAGUGAUCCCUUUUGUGCCCCAGUCAACUGGGCAAGUCCUAGUUCAUGGUCAGAGUAUCGCCACCAUCCAGCCGGAGUUGGAGGAACCUGAAGCCGACCAUCACAAACAGCUGCAGCACAGUGGAGGAGUUGGUCACAUUGGAGACAGACUACCUAGUUCCACCAUCCUGCCUGAGGCCCAACCUCAGCCUGGAAUACCCUACAGCUCCCCUCCCAGUCAGCACCCUCAGCCCCCAGUGUCGGGCCUGCAGACACAAAAUGAACAAAUGCAACAGCAGCAGUUGUCACUGGUUCAACCCCAGAUUCAAGGUGUCCAGCCUGAUGUUGUUCCUCUCGCACCUACAAACCAGUCUGUUCCCGGGGGACCUCAACAGUACGGAGUGUACUACCAACCAUCGCUCCCCCCUCAGAUUCCCAACCAGCAAGGGAUGAUCCCCCCAUCAUCUCAGUCAUCUGCUCCACAACAGCAACAACUGCAGCAGCAGCAACAACUGCAGCAGCAACAACAACUGCAGCAGCAGCAACAACUGCAGCAGCAACAACUGCAGCAGCAACAACUGCAGCAGCAGCAGCAACAACUGCUGCAGCAACAACAACAACAACAACAACAACAACAACAACAACACCCAGAGAGCAGCUCUUCUCUUCAGAGCUCCACUCUACCACAGGAUCAGAGUGGAGCCCAACAGCCACAGGCCUCUGUGACGGUUCCUCGGUCAACAUCAGGCGACCUGCUAGCUGGAUCUUCAGUUCUGAUUCUACCAUCUGUAGAAAGCUGCCUGUCGGAUACAGCUUCUGGUCUCAGUGACGGCAACGACGGAAGUUCAGGAGGUCGGCAUGAGGGCCGCUCACUGAAGCGUCACCAGAGACGAUCCGUGCGCAGCCGCUCCCGCCAUGAGAAGUGUGCCAAGGCCAAGCUGAACGUGCUCAGUAUCUCUAAUGUGGGGGACAGAGUUGCAGAGUGUCAGCUGGAAACCCACAACAGGAAGAUGGUCACCUUCAAAUUUGACCUUGAUGGUGAUAAUCCAGAGGAGAUCGCACAGAUCAUGGUUGAGAGUGAGUUCAUCUUGGAGUGUGAGCGGGAGUCUUUCAUCGAGCAGGUCCGUGAGGUCAUAGAAAUGGCUGACGAGAAUGGAGAAGGGAUGAAGGAAGCUUUUCCUCAGAUGAGUGACCUCCAACAUCAGCCUGCACUGUCUGUUCCCAUGCUGCAAGGUAUUUCCCCGAAUACGAUAGCGCAGGUAGUUCACUCAGCAGGACGGAGGUUCAUCGUCAGCCCGGUGCCAGAGUCUCGUCUUAAAGAGCAGUUCUUUGGAGUUUCUUCUGCUAACACAUCAUUUGGAGAUGAACCUAACUCUGCUCCCCUUGUGGCACUGGGCCUUUCUCUGUCUGCUCCAUCCGGGGUCCUCCAGCAGGCCUUCAGUAACAUUAGGCAGUCUCGUUUAGAGAGAGGCAACACGGUUGACCCCCCUUCUUCUGAGCAAGAGCCAGCCACCAUUCCGUCCACUGAGGCUGCUCUCGGCCCGAGUUCUACCAACAUCCUGGCUCCUCCGGAAGCCGUAGCUUCCACCACCAGCACUACGUUCCCUCCUGUGUCUCCCCCAUCUACUGUGACAUCCUCACUGCCUCCCUCCACUGAGAGGGUUUCCCCUCCACCUAUAACCACGCAUACCCAAUCUCCCGUUCCUGAGGCCAGUGAUCCCAGUCCACCCCCUCAGUCUUCUAGUGAAACACCCCCCUCACAAGUUCCAGCACCAGCUCCCAACAUCCCUCCCUCAUCUUCUACCAUUUCUCCUCCAUCAGCACAGACCUCCGUCCCUGCAGUCCCUGGGCCUCAGACAAGUAGUAGUUCUGUGUCUGUCUCUUCUGUUGCUGGAGUUCCAUCUACCGGUACUAGUACUCCCCCUGCUUCAGAGCAGCAGCCUUUUAAUGGUUCAUCCAUCCAUCCACCACAGCACACAACCGCCCAGCCUGUUCCCGCUUCAGCUCAGCUACCAUUCACUGCUCCGAAUCAGGUCCAAGCACAGCCAGCGGAGGCAGAGGGCGCUGAGCUCCAGUCAAAGGCCGCUGGUGGAGAUGACAUCCAAGCUCUAGAUAAGAAGCUCCGGUCCCUCUUUAAAGACCAGAACACCGCCUCAGCGUUGGAUCCUAGUCAGAACACAGGGACCUCCUCUCCUCCCACUGGGACCACUUCCCCUCCACCUGGAGCCGUCAUGGUGCCUCCAUCAAACCUUCCUCUCAAUCCUGGGUUACUAGGGAUUCUUAGCUCCAUCACCACCCCAGGACAGAGUAUGACCCCAGGAGGACAUAUCCAUACGCCCCCAACAAAGGCCAGGUCACAGACUCUACCCACUGGUUUUGACCCAGCUGCUACACCUCCCUCUGACAUCAUCCCCCCGUUUCCUGGACCAAAUCAGUCGCAUCAACCUCUGGGUAACUUGGAUGCGCAGUUGAGGAGAGCUCUGAGCCCGGAGACAGUUCAGGGGGGGAACAGCGCACCGCCUCCAGCAGCAGGUUUCACUCUGGGACGUUUCCAAGUAUCCAUUCCAGAUCCCCAUAGCGCUGUCUCCUCUUCCUCCCUCACACCGUCAUCUACCACAACCUCCUCCUCCUCCACUUCUUCCUCUUCCUCCCCCUCAAGUCCAGAAAAUACCCUCCACCGGUCAUCCGGUCUGUGUAAAGUAGUUGCUGAAACGGAUGGUGUUAGUGGAGCCUCAUCUCUCUCUGUCGGUCAGGCCGAUCAGCCCACCACCAUCGGACGCUUCCAAGUGUCUCCGAGCAGCAGUGCAACGUCCGGACCCACCAACGGCUCUCAAGUGGGACGAUUUUCAGUCACAGUGUCUGCAGCGACAGGCUCCAGCCCGUCACACGGCUCCAGCAGGCAGAACGGACCCUCGUCCUCCACCUCUGACCCACACAAUACACAUUACAGUAGUGACAAUGACGACUCGGAGACUGAGGACGAUGCUUUGCAGAAAGAAAUUGGCAAUCUUAGAGAGAAACACAUGAGCGAGAUUCAGGCCUUACAGUCGCGUCAGAAAGAGGAGAUUGAGGCUCUGUUUACGCGAAUGGGGAAAAAUGCUCCUUCCUCUGUCUGCUCUCCUGCUGCGGCCAUGGCAGGAGGUCGACGUAGGCUGAAAAGCAAAACCUACAAAUCCGGUCGCAGCAGUGGACAGCCCAGUCCCAUGCACUCAGAGUCCCCUCCAAAGCAAAGACCUCCCUCUUCAGAGGUCUCACAAGUGACAACAGAGGCGUCCCAAGCCGGUGGCGGCUCGUCCAAUCAGCAGCUCCGAUCCUCUCCGUCCAUGCCCAGCCUCAGUAGCUACGCCGCAGGAUUGAGUGGGACCAGCUCCUUAAACGGUUCAGGCCACUGUCGGAGCCAUUCAAAUUCGGUGACCCAGGGGACUGGACCCACUCCUUCUUCCUCUCAAACCCAGAAGGGUCAAGGGGUCACCUUCACUCAAGACCUGCACCAGCUGGUGGAUAACUGGGCCAGAGACGCCAUCAGCCUCUGCAAGAAAGGUCCUAAACCUGGAGCACAGGCUGCACCCGCACAUGAUAUAAUUCCCCCAGCCAACAUGGGCCGAAAAUUCUCAGCUCCAGGUUACCUCUGUCCAUCGCUGCCCACGCCUCCUAACGCCACAUCCACCACCACCACCCAGCUGCCCACCCCGGCCAAUCACUCUGCCGCUAUGGGACCCCGCAAAGGCUCCCUGGUCCCAGCUGCUCCGGGGUUUGGAUAUUCCUCUCCCCAGUACGGUGCUCCCCAGUGGGCAGGACCCACAGGCACGUGCCAGGUCGGCAUGCUUAAUCCUGCGCAGCCACUACCUACGACAGCCUCAGUGACCGCAAUGCAACAAGGCUACCACAUGGGAACCACACCAUCACCCCAGAAUCCAGUCAGCCACGGAGGGUCCAACCUUAGGCCGACGUAGCCCAGUCCGAGCCCCGGCCCGGGAGGAGACUGCAGGGCCACACGGGGCCGAGACCCAGACAGUCGCUGAUUGAGAACCACUAGCUCUCUCUGCCGGUCAGCUGGCUGUGCUUUUUUUAUUUUUUAUUUCUUUUAUCAUUUUGUGUUAUGAGUCGACCCGUGUCCUCUCAGGCAGAACAAACAUCUGUUAUUGGAGGGAGAGUGCAAUACACACCCACAGCACAUGAGUCCCACACUUAGCCUGCCAUUAGCUGUGGAAAUGAGCCGUGAGAAGUGAGGUGGUUGUGUCUGGUGAUGUCACGACCCAGAGGCACAGCCGACAGCAGCCAAAGAUGUCUUUCUGCGAGCGGACGCUGUAACGUCGUGAUUUCUUUUUGAAGAGGGAUACCGGUGCACAUCCUUACUGGUCCUGUCUUCACUGAGGACAGUUUACACCACAACACAACACACCUGACUAAACAUUGACCUGGUUGAGUGACUUGGGGUGGUAGGUUAUGUCGUCUCAGAGAGUGAGGGGCGAAUGUGAGUGUACAGGAAGUGGAAGAUACGAGUGGGACAGUUGGUUUGUUCCAGUCGGAGCAGUAAGAAGAAGCGAGGAGGAGAAGAAAGACAUAGUACGUCAGGCUGGAGUGGAACGGAGAGGGUCGGAGUAGGAACACCUCCCAGAUGGAGUAAACGCAAUAAUGGCAAAGAGUAGAUGAACUGUCCCUUGUAACUGUGGCCUUAAUCCCCAAACACAUUAAAACUUUGUACAUAGAUAUUUCUUCACUGGGUUAUGAUUCCAUGUUUAGCAUAUUUAUGUCCCUGUGAGAGUCUGUGUGAUUUGAGUUGUCUCUGAUCAGAUACAUUUAUUAUCAUAAUGAAUUAUUCUUCACGUCUGUCAGGUAUGCCGGUGGGUCUGCCACAUGGAAGAGCGUUGUCCUGGUGUUGACCGCCACUCGAAGCUGGAAGCUGAAGAGGUGAUGCUGCUGUAGAUCACAGUCUGGGUAGUGGGGGUUUGCAGGGUGAUACGUUAUUUUUAUUUACACAGGAAUGAAACCUUGUCGAGAAUCUUAAGUUGACACAUGGAACCGCUUCAUUUAGUGUUUAGCUCUGCGAUAAAUCAUGUAGAACGAUACAGUUUUGGUUUAUUAAUUGUAAUAUUUGUAAUUUUCUGGGUGGGGCGGGGGGGCCUCAACCUCCCGACUCCACCCAGGUGUUUACAAAGAUCAUGCACAUCUCUAGAUUAACAGGUCGUCACAUUUAAUAUAUUUAGCCGCCACCUCUCAAAUCACAAGUGUCUGGGGUUCUCUUCCUGUGGUCUGUUUUUGUAUGCGUUAUUUAAUAAAACAAACAAAUGUUCUUUAUGGACCUGUAUUCAGCCAUCAGAUUUUGAUGUUGUUUCACUGUAAUUAUUAUUAAAAGGUUGUUAAACAACACGUAGUUAAAGGAAUAUAAAAAGUGCAAUUGCAGGGUUGUUGUUAUUGGUAUUCUACUCACCACGCAGGAGUAAAUCCUGGGGUUUAUUAAGCUCAUCAUCUAUGACUGCCCUGCCCCCCCCACCCUUUUCUAUUUUAUUGUAUAUACGUUCAUGUGAGGAAAGUGCUUUCACGUAACGCUCGACCCACUCUACAUGCACACGCACUCUAACCUGUAAACAUGAGGGACACUUUAGUGCCUUGCAUCCUCACUAUUGACAAGUUCCAGAUUCAUUUAGUCCUGUUGCAUCUGUGACUGUGCUGCAGAAAAACUUAACCUGUAAACACAACCGGACACACAACUCAAGAGGAUGUAACACUCUGAAACCAUGGACCAGACACACACACACACACACACACACGCAGAACAAAGAGCACACUGACUAAUGUGGAAACCAAUUUUUUUUUCUCUCUCUACAGUUACAUUUUGUGUUGGUUGUGUAAUCAGCUGUGAAUUUAUAUUAGGCUCAUGCGUACAUGUUUUGGCCGGCAUUUAUUUCUGUGGAUUUAUCAUUAAAAACUGUUUCGUGGAAGCACUUGUUCAGGCAGCGAGCGCUGUAUAAAGGUUCAGAAUUCUUCAAGCUCUUUUCGUCUCCUCACCUCACGGUUGCCAUGCUGUCAUUGUGACUCCUUUGCCUGCUUGUAGAUUGGAUGAAUAGUAAAACUUCUCUAGAGAAAAAAUAAGUUACUGCAAUGCAGAAUAUGCAAUGUUUAAAGUUUUAUAAGGGCCGAGGGGUAAUGGAAACAUUUGCAUGCUGAUGAGGGUUGUUACUGACUUCAGUGUUUUUGAUAUUGGAAUAUUAGUGAUCUUUUUAUUAUUAUUUGCCUUCCUGAGUCAUCACAAAGUGUUGACACCUUAAAUUGCCACUCACCAAUAUCACAGAUACAUUAUCAGAUGAUCCGCAUAUGAGUUCUGCAUGCUGGCUUCACUGGUGUGUCCUCUUACAACUGGCCACUGUACAGCACAAGCUCACAACAAAGCUUUAGGUCCAUAUGCUACUAUGUAACAGUCACAGAGCUCCAUCAGUACUGUGUGAAGCUGCUGACACACAGUGAUGUUUGUCAAAUUCUUAUCUCUGAUCCCUCCCUACAGACGUCCUGUGAUUCAGUGUCUGUUUUGUGUAUGUUUUUCCACAUUGUACAAAAUGUAAAAACAAAUAAAAAUAUCAAUGAAA